GUGGAUGUUCUUCUGCUCUCUGAGGUGUCCUAUCUUCUCCACUGGAUAUGAAAAAGACAACCUGACGGCGACGCAGGAGCAAGAUGACAAUGAAGACUUUCUUACACAAACGUAUACCACUGCUUCAUUACAGCAAGCGCUGACACACGGCAGAUGUGAGGAAAUCAGGAGACGAGAUGAAGACCUCUCAAAUGUAGGAACUGAUAUUAUAGGACCUUCUGUUGGGAACCCAACUACAGACCAAACACAGAGUUUUUGGAGUCCAGAAGCUGACAGCGGCUUUGUCAGUUCUGAUGCGAGUCGGCCAAACACAGGACUUUCUCAGACAACCGCUAAUGCUUUCAGUUCUGCACAUCCUGAUGAUGUCAUCAGCACAGCAAAUAUAAGCGAUUCAGACAGCGAAAUGUCUCAUUCAAACGUACAAACAACUAUAUCUGUAACAACACGACCACAACAGUCCACUGUGAACAAUGUGCAAUAUGAACAGCUGGACACAACAAGCAACUUUAUUACCCAGAAUGCACCACUUAAAGGUCCAAAGGUUGAAGCUGCAUCAGAAGGUGGGGCCAUUUCCAUUCCUGAGCAGAUGACUGAAAGAAGAAGAGAUAUUUAUAAUGGAAAGCAUCACACUUCACAUGACACACAGAGACCAGACCGAGACACAAACUCACCAUCACACUGUUCCUGUCACAAUAGUGAAGUUAUUCUUGCGCUGCAGUAUGAGGUCUCACACCUCAAGAGGGCACUAGAGGAGAGUUUAAGUCAUCUACCUCAUAUGAGCAGAUGGGUGGAUUACCCCAACAGCAGAUCUCAUUCAGAAAGAAAGCACAGAGGUCAAACGCGUGGUCAGAACAGAACCGGCUCCAGCAGACGUGUUAAGACAGACAUCUCUUCUGAUACAGAGCCCAGCAGGAGAAAAGUUACAGACGGUGAAGAUUCAGAUCAAACAUUGAGUUUCCAGAGAGGCUUGAGUCCAUCGCUUGAACAAACACACAGCCGCUUCAGCGCUCUCUCUGACAGAAGAUCAUGUAGAUCUUCAUCCAAGGCAUCAGUGGACACAUCUCAGCUCACGUCUGGUAACCAUCAGAGAACCGGUAAUGGGCCGACCAUUCACAAUACCACUGCUGACUCAAGAUCAACAUAUAGUAGCGCCAUCUACAGGCCAGCAAUGGGAAAUCUCUUUAUUAACAGCAAAAAACUUGUCACGUCUCUUCCCGCUAAUCCUUCCCAUAAACCUCUGCUGCAGGUCAACUAUGGAUCUUCUUAUAGUCUACCUGCUGGGUUUAAAGUGCGAGAUCGGGAGUCAGUACCGCCUGUGUCCAGUAGGAGACGCUCUACUCAAUCUGACUCUGCACUGCUUCCCAGUAAUGUGUUUUUUCAGCAGACAUCACAGCGGACCGGUGCAAGACGACGCUACACUAGCAGGGAGGAAUCAAUACAUAAGACUUUGGACAAAGCCUUACAGGCGGCCUUUCUGGUGAAACAGACCACAGAGAAGAUGGCCGACGCGCUCUCGGCUGAUCUGGCCAAAGCUCAGCUCCAGAGGAAGAUACAUAACCAACAUCCCAUAAACAACAGGACAGCCAGAUGUAACUUACUCUCUCUGAGCACUUCUCAAGCACAUUAAAGGGUCUUCUCUUAUACAACUUUUUUAUAUGAUCAAAAAGUUUUACACGAUGUCACUGUCUGUCUGCUAUAAUGACCAUGAACAACAGGGGGCAGAAUUGAGUCUUCUAACGUAGCUGCGAUAAUCAGUGCUUAAACUUCUCUCUGUAUCAGCAACACAUAUUUCAAUAAUCGUAUAAUAUAUCACCUGGAAGCAAAAGGGGGAUUUUAAUGUUUUAGGUUCCCAUAUUUGUUAGACUAUCACUCAUUUUCCUUUAAGCUGAAGGUUUCAUUUGACAAUAAGAGACAAAACCAACAGCAGUCAAGUUUCGGUCAGUAUUUGUUUGUGUGUGUUUUAAGCCCCUGGUCAUUGCUGGUUUUGUUCGUGUAUAGGACAGCUUAAACUGUUUGGUUGGUGUAAAAUAUUCAACUAUUUCCCCUCAGACAUAAUCAUAAAAGUAGCUAGGCAACCAAAUGUGUCUCGCAGAUCAAACACACCUGCCACAAUGUAACUUACAUCCUUCAGAAAGCACUGUAAUAAUAAUGCAAUACAAAAAAAGACUGAAUGUCUAUGUUAUACAUGAACUUUUAUCAGAUUGUUCAAAAAUAUAUCUUAUUUAAUCCUAGCUUAUAAGCCUAAAGCUAUUUUAUUAUAACUCUGUUAAAUAUACACAUUUGUAUAUUUAGGUAUAAGCAGUUUUGCUGCUUGAGUAAAUUGAUUUUGUUUUGUCUUAUUUUAACUGGAAAACAAAACCAAAGCCAAUAUAAUGUCUUCUGUCAGAUGCACUUUCACAAGCAGAAUGGAAAAGGCUUCUUGUUUUUUAAUGCUCUCCUAGACCUCAGCAAAUAUAACUUGCAUAUGAAUAUGAGGGAAGGAUAUACAGUAAGGAGUAUGGAUAUUCUUAUAAAUCAUCUUUGGAAGCAAACUUUUAAAAACAAACUUUAAUGCAUAAAAAGUAAGAUAUGCAGAGGUGAAUUGCGUCUUGAAAGGUGGGAAAUCUUAUUUACUGGCAAAGUAACACUAUAACAAUCCCCUGUAGCAAUCUCAGUGUAAAAAUAAAAAAGUGAAAAUGUCAUAUGGACAUACAGUAUCAGAUGUCCUUCUCUCAUGGCAUUGUAUGAAUAUUUUUCCUCUUUGAUGUACAGCGCUCUAUUCAAAACCAAACAAAGCUCAGACAAAUGCAGCCCAUGCGUGACCCAAAUAAAUAAGAUUUUCUGGAGGGGAUUUUCAAUACUCCAUCGUCUCUGUCUCUCUAAACAAAAUGAAAUAGAUACACUGCCUUCCCUGGUGGAAAUAACAUAAAAGAAACCAUCACAGAAAAUCAUGAAAAAAACCAUUAGGAACCAUUAGCUUUUACCAUUAAAUCCCUUUUGGGACAUAUUCCAGUAGGAUUUAAUGGCCCCAUCAAUAGAACUGAACACACACCUGUAGAGACCCACAGAGACCAUUAUAGUUUCCAUUACAACCAAUACAAUUCCCAUUAAAACCAUUAAAUAUAGAAUUUGUGUGAUGUUUAUUGUUUUUAUUAGCAGAGUUUACUCUUGAUAUGUUAUAUCAAGAGUAAACCCAUUAAUAUAUUCAUUUAAAUAGUUGACUGUGAUUAACAGGGGUGUGAAAUAUGUGGGGUUAAAAUAAGUUCAAUGUGGGAACAUCUGAAUUAACUAAAUAAUUUAUCAUAUUUAAACCAACCUGGCUUCAUUGGGGUACAGUAAUGUAAGUAAUUUUCCAAUGGUUAGAUGAAAAAUAAAUUCAUAAAUUGUAUAUUGUAUUAAAGGUGAAUUGUAUACGAAAGGGUCAAUUCCUUGGUAAAUGUUCAAAGUAAAACUUUUUUUAAUUUGCAGAAAUGU